UUUAAUUUUUUCUAAAUGUAUUUACAGUUUUAAUUACGUAAAUUAAAAUUUACAUCUAUUAGAACUAUUAAAAGACGUGACGGCUCGGUUUUUUGGUGCAUUAAUAAAAGUCAAUAUGAUGGUUAUGACCCAAAAACCCAGAUCUGGCAGGUUUUUUAAAGCUCACUGUAUUCCUUCUAUUCUAUGUGGCGAUCUAAACAACUAUCGAGUGAUCGAAUGUUUGAUGCUUUCUUAAUUCCUCAGGGGGGAAAAAGACACUUACUAAUAAAACUCUGCGUCGAAUCAGUUGAGUUCUAACUUUUGAAGUAGAAGCACAUAUAAACAAUGCGCAUCAAAAUAAUUCUAUUAAUGUUUUUGUUACAUUCUUCUUUAGCAAGAAGAAAAAAUUAUAAACAAGAAAUAGAUACCGAGUUAAUUGAAGAAUCAGAUCAAUUUGAAAAUAAUGAAACACCAGAAACACAUAAAGUAGAUAAUAAAGGAUCGGAUUGGUUUUCAGAACUUUUAUAUAAAAUGUCGAUUUUCAUUGGACUUGAAAAAUCUGAACCGAUUCAAGACGAAGAUGAAGAGAAUCAGAGCUCUUAUUGGAAUUUCGAAUCAAUGGUCGAAUACGCUUAUGCUUCUUUACAAAGAGGAUACGAAAUGCUAACUAAACGUAUGCCAGCUCUUGAUUUUCGAAGAUCUAACUCAGAAAUGGGGAAUCUUAGUGUUAAUUUAGAAGAAAUUUUAAUUGAGAUACUAUUAAAUUUGCCGCCCGAUGUCGGAUAUGGGAAAUAAAUUGUUACUUGAU